AUGCAACCUAAACGCUCUAUACUGUCUCAUAUAUCGACCAACAGAUUUCAUCACAAUACGGGAGACACGCACGUCGGUCUGUCCCAAACACAAGCACAGGAAAUGGCCGAAGACGUUCUGAAGAAACAGGAGAUGUAUACUGAACGUAUGGAGAAACUUAUGCAGAAAGCGAAUGCUAUGAUGUUGUUAUCGAAAUCAGAGGAGAGAAGAGAAGGCUUAUCGAUUCUUAGGCAAGAAAUCGAUGGUCUUAUUGAUGAUCUAGAAUAUUUUCGCACAAUAUUCGAUCAACAGAAAUGGCGAGAUGAUGAGUCAUAUCGAAAAUUCACAUCAGCAGCCCUGAACAUGGCAAGAUCGUUAAGUUCUGAUCUACACAGGAAGGCCAGAACUCUCAAAAAAGACCGGCCAAGACACUACCAGCAUUCGAUUACUAGUUCACGAAUGUCAAGGGAUAUGCCUGCAAAGUUUUAUAGUUGA